AAUCAAAACCAAAUCAAAUACCAAACCCACAGAUAUUUUUUUUUUAAUUUUUUAUAUUUUUUCCCCCUAUUGGAUCUCUGAAACAGAGGCAAAGAAGCAGAAGACGAGAAAGCAUAGAAGAGAGAGGAAGAGAAAGAGAAAGAGAGAGAAGAGAGAGGAAGUUCUUUUGUGGUCCCAAUUUCUCUUCAGAUCUUGAGCUUUUACUCAUUUCCAUUACUUUCUAGUCCCAAUUUCACUUUUUGCAUUCUAUUCAUGUAUGUAUAAGUACAAUUGAAUGAAACAGAGGAGAUGAGAGAGAAGAGGAGAGGAGAGGAAACAUAGAUAGAGAUAGAGAGGAGAGGAGAGAAGAGGAAACUGAGGGAGGUAUUUUCGGACCAUUCGAGCUCAUUUCUUUCGAACUACGAAUCAUUUUUGUAAAAAUAAAUAAUUUAGAUGAUCAAAACGGAAGACGUCCAAACCGCGUCCUCCUCCUCCCAAAAAGAUAGGAACUUUCUCCUGAGCUUUCUUCACUUACUUUUCAACGCGUCUUUUUUUCUUCUCUUUCAUUUUCAUUUCAAUUUCACAUCCCUUUAUAGUUCUCUUCUCUCAGCUCAACGCUCAAAUCUUUUCUUAACUGUACAAGAAAUUCAAAAGAAUCAGAAGGAAAAAAAAGAAGGACGCAAACGAUGUCGGAUUACAUACCUGACGAAGUCUUGAUCGAAAUCCUUGCGAGACUACCAGUGAAGUCUCUGCUUCAAUUCAGGUCAGUUUGCAAAUCUUGGAACUCCUUAAUUGCAAACCCAAGUUUCAUCACCACACACCUCAAUCGAACUAAAUCAAACACCACUCUCCCCCAACUACUUAUCAUCAAGUAUACAUCUCAUAUUCAGAAUCAAGAGCACUGUAUUUCAUGUAGCGAUGACCAAACUUUUUGUGAUGAGUUUGUGGACCUUGAAAACCCAUUUCACAGAUCUGGUAAAUCGUUCAAAAUUGUGGGUUCUUGUAAUGGGUUGUUGUGUUUAUCGGAUUAUGAUGUCUCAGGUUGUGCUUUACUAUGGAACCCAUCAAUUAGGAGAUUCUUGACACUUCCUGAAUCUGGGUAUUCUGUAAGCGAUAGCAAUCUUCGGUUUGUUUUCGGAUUUGGGUUCGAUCACAGGUGUAAUGACUACAAAGUGUUGAAAAUUGGGUACCUCAAUGACUUCAAGACUGGUGGUAGUGUUCUGUGUAAGGUGGAGCUUUAUACACUUAGCACGCACUCUUGGAGACCUGUUUGUGUUGUUGAUUUUAAAUUUAAAUUUUUUAUAAAUACCUCAUCUGCCUUUGUGAACGGGGCUGUUCAUUGGGUUGCAUUUGAUCCAGCAAAGAAGCGUGGUUCUGGGAUCUUGAUUGUGGCAUUUGAUAUGGGCAAUGAGGUGUUUAGGGAGAUCUCUUUGCCCAACUAUCAAACUAAUGGGAGGCUUCAUACAAGCACGGCUGUUGCAGUAUUGGGCGAGUCACUUGCUGUAAUCGACUUUGAAUCUGAUUUAGUCCCUGCGGACCUGAUUUGUAAUUUCCAUAUAUGGGUAAUGGAAGAAUAUGGUGUCAUAGAAUCGUGGACUAAACGAUACACAGUCAUUGGACAACACAUAUUUUCGAAUGUACUGGGUUUUAGAAGGAAUGGCGAUGUGUUAAUUAUUCAAGGUGGACUUCCAGGGGAGUUGGUUUCAUAUGAUCCACAAAGUCACCAAAUCAAGUAUCAUGGGGUCUAUGGAAACUCAUUUUAUGUGUAUACUUACAUAGAAAGCUUAGUUGCACUAGAUGCGGCUGAUGGAGUAUGGAAAUCACAUGGGCAUCCCAGUUCUCCUAACAUCGUUGCCAACCAGGGAGCAUAAUGAUGAAAGAAGAGGAAGGCAAGAUUAUUUAUACCCCACUCAUAGUUAUAGUUUGUUUGUAGCACUUAAUUGUUGUAGUUUGUUUUCUCAGAUAUUUUUUAAUGACAUGAGCUACAUAUGACCAUCAACCUUGCAUCAAUAUUCUUUUUUCCUGAAUGCAAUAUUGCUAUCUUAAUCUAGUGGCUAUAUCAAUUUAAUCUUUUGA